GUUUAUCUACCCCACCUUUGCCACAUCACUAGCUGCAUGCACUCAUGUGAUACUUUUACACACAGCAGAGCUUUCCCUGGAGCUUCAGUUUCGAGAGUGUGACAGUUGCGGGUAUAUUCUUGUGGUUGAGUUGCGCAUACAUUCCAACGGUCCUCCCUUCUUUCUUUACACGCAAGUUGCCAAUACCUCUACCCGCAAGUUCGCAACCAUGGCCACUCUGCUUCCCAGCAUUCGCGAGACUUACUUCGGGGUUAAAGCACUGCUCCAAACUGUCGCAGAAGACAACGCAGAGCUGACCUCCUUACAAGCUCGGCUCAAUGCCGACCCCGGGAUUCCCGUAUCAAAUCCAACCACCUCUUUCUGGCUAAAGAACACCCCAUUUCUUGAUCUAGUCGACAAGCGCUCCAAAACGCUACCCAAAUAUGCAGACAUUGUUAUCAUCGGGUCAGGCAUUACUGGUACGAGUGUUGCACGCACAAUUCUGUCAGAAUGCGCGUCCAUGGGCAUAAAUAGGCGCGUAGUUAUGCUGGAAGCAAGACAAACUUGCAGUGGAGCAACGGGAAGAAACGGGGGGCAUAUUAAAUGCACCCCACAUGAGUCGUUCUGUGAAUAUAAGGACAGAUUUGGAGUUGAGAGAGCAAGAGCGCUGGUGGAUUUUCAGACUUCUCAUCUUCCAAUUUUGGUUGAUCUCGCAAAGCAGGAAAGCUGGGAUUUGGCUGAAGCAAGGCAGGUAGAGACUUUGGAUGUCUUCUACGAUGAGGAAGUUUGGCUGGAUAACAAGCGUAAAGUGGAAGAGUUCAGGAAAGGAAUGCCAGAGGGGACUAGAGAUACGUUUGUUUGGGAGAAAGGUGAGGCACAUGAGAAAUAUAACUUAGGUGGCCAUGCUUACGGAGCAAUAACCUACCAAGCAGGCGCAAUUUGGCCCUGCCGCCUCGUUACAUGUGCGCUGGACUCUUUACUCCGAACCUAUCCUUCUGAUUUCACUCUCGAAACUCAUACAUCAGUUGAAAAUAUCAGCACGACGAGAAACCCCAACCAACCGUUCAUUGUUCAUACUUCACGAGGGGACAUUCUUGCAUGUCAUAUAAUUCAUGCAACCAACGCACAUACCGCCAGACUUGUGCCAGGCCUUCGUGGAAAACUAUUCCCUGUCCGAGGGACGAUGACUGCUCAACGUCCAGGAAAAUCUUUUCCUAAAUUAGAUGGAUCAAGAUCAUGGUGUCUGAUCAACAAGAAGGGCUACGAGUACGUAACUCAGCGUCCGGGACAAGUUGACUCUAUCGACGGCCUAGGUGGCGAGAUUAUGAUUGGGGGUGGCAUGAUACAAUCUGGACGGAAAGGAUUUGGGGAAUUUGGUGUCGCGAGUGAUGCUGAGACGAAUUAUUUGACUGGGUGCCACUUGGGAGGAGUGUUGCCAAUGGGCUUUGGUCUUGAAAACUGGGGCGAGGAUGCUCCCGGGGGAAGAAUGAAGAAUAUGUGGUCUGGUAGUUUGGGACUUACUGCGGACAUGAUGCCUUUCGUGGGGAGGUUGGAACCAAGUUUGACUGGACGAACGCCCGUGAAAGCAAAUUUAUCCAAAGAUGCAGUCGGGCCCGUAACACUUCCUGCGGAAUGGAUUUCAGCGGGUUAUAAUGGGGAAGGCAUGGUUAAUGCGUGGCUGUGCGGGGUGGCCUUGGGUUUGAUGGUACUUGGGAGAGAAGACAUCUCGGCGGCAAAGACAUCUGGGAGGCCACAUGGGAAACUGGAUGAAUGGUUCCCAAAGGAAUAUAUAUGCUCCCAAGCACGGGUUACGAAUGCGAGCGUUUAUGAGCUCUUGGAGACAAGAUAGAUGGACUUAUAGACGCAAAAAUGCCUAGCUGUCCCAAUUUAACGAAAACUAUCUAU